AUGGAGUUCACCAGUUACUUUCCUAACCGCAGCGGGACCGAGGUUGUAUGGCUUGAGCAAGGCUUCCCCCGACCCAAGCACCUUUUCCCCGUCGCCUUCGCUGUUCAAUCUGUGCUACUAUCAUUCAGUAGCAGCAACGCAAUUGUCCUCUCCAACUACCUCUGGCCUGUCAUUACUGUUACCACUCAUAACAGGUAUUCACUCUGGGCGAUCAACAUCGUUGGAGCCUUGAAGCUGUUUUUGCUACUCUUCAUCUCCAUCUCGGGCCUUGUCAUCCUUGGAGGUCAUUUCGGCAGGAUUGAGAACCUGGGCAUCAACUUUCGCCAUGGCUUUCAAGGCACUACAUCGAGCGGUUACAGUCUGUCUCAGGCAAUGGUUAACAUCACCUUUGCCUUCUCAGGUUGGCAAAAUACUUUCAGCAUGGCUAAUGAGAUCAAAAACCCAAUACCCACCUUGAAGAGAAAUGCGAUUGCAUCACUGCUCAUUUUCUUCUCUCUCUACUUCCUCUGUAACAUUGCCUCCUUUGCCGCUGUCCCCAAGGACAUCUUUCUAGAGUCGAAAGAGCUAGCCGCUGCCGUCCUCUUUCGUACAGCCUUUGGGUCGUCUGCCGAAUCUGCUCUGAACUUUUGUGUCCUCCUGAGCUCCUUUGGUAAUCUCCUUGCUGUUCUUAUCAGUCAGUCCCGUCAGAUUCGCGAGAUUGCGCGUCAUGGAGUCCUCCCCUGGACAGAAUUCUGGGUCUCAACCAAACCCUUCGGGACUCCCAUCGGCCCAUAUCUGCUCAAAUGGGGCUUCACCUUCCUGAUGAUCGUCGCACCUCCAGCAGGUGAUGCCUUUCAGUUCGUCGUCUCUCUCAAGACGUACCCAGGCGCCAUCUUCCAUGCUGCCAUGGGUGUUGGUCUUCUACUGAUCCGUCGCCGCCGUUCUCGCUCUGGUACGCCCAGAUCUGACUUCCGAGCAUGCCUAUGGUGUACCUACAUGAUUGUCGGAAUUGGAAUCAUGGCAACCUGCGGUAUUUACUACUACCUCUGGAUGAAGGUCCUCCCCCGCUGGGGCAACUACAGCAUUCGAUCACAAGUUAUUUCUGUCGAUGACAAUGGCGCCAAUACACAUCGUCUUUUACGGGUGCCUAAUUCUAAGGUGUCUGAGUGGGAUGCUGCCCAUGAUGAUCUCGGCCGGGAUUUACCCCCUCAGCGCCAAUCAUAUUUUGCGGUCACUACAUCCUUCACCAAGACCUUCAUGCUCAAUCGACAAGAGAUGCUACCGCCUCCCCCUCCACCGCCGACUUUUCGAGCCCCAACGACUGGCGACCGCCCAACUCCACAAGCGCCAGUUGUUCUUGAGAACGUUCCAGCUGGAGGCCUGUUACUGGAGUUAAUCAAGCAUAACGGCGCACCAUUCAAUGAUCACUGGGCAUACUUUGUUCAAUCUAGCUCGAGCCCUUCUGUUGGUAUCGUGUAUGAGGCUAUUGGCGAUGUACGCAGCGGAUUCCAACGCCAGAUCCGGAGGAAUCAUGACCAGAAUUCUGAUCCACCCUCAUCCCGAAUUCCGCUCCAGUGGAUUGAAGGUGUAUUUGUCGACGAAGGGUUGAUGCUUAAUAGUCAAGGGUCCAUUCCGGUGUGCAUCUUCGAGGAAAGCCUACAUAAAGUCAAGGUGCCCGAGAAGACGCUUAAUAACACGGCUGAGACUGAAGCUCCCAAGAAGAGAAUCGUACAAAGAAACUGCCAGACAUGGAUCGUUGAGUCGGCGGACCAACUGGUCGCGGAUGGCAUUCUCUGUCUAGAUGUCGCUACAUAUCUUCAUGCAACGAAGCAGGUCUAAACAGUUGUCAAGAUGCUGCAUUCGAGUAGCU